AUGGCCAUGCCCUCGCCUCCUCGAUGGAGCACAAAUAUUCCGCUUGGGGGUCACUGGCUAUACAGAGCUAUAUCUAUCCUGCUGACAGUGCUCACGGUCCUGACCCCCUGCGUGUCUGCAGACCCGCCAACUGCCCUUCCACAGCGUGCCACGGAGAAUGACUUGAAGUGGCAACCGGCUCUCGAUUACGAUAGAGAUGGUUGCUAUAACGUACCUGCUAUUGAUGCGGAGGGCAACAUUUCCGAGGGCCUCGACCCUAAUUUCACUACUGGACCGGCGGACUGUCGUGACGAGUCGGACCUGGAUAAUAGCAAUGCAUACUCGCGCCAGCGCUGCAACAGUGGGUGGUGUGUCUAUCUCUACGGCUACUACUUUGAGAAGGAUGUUGCUAUCGAACACGUGGCCAACCCUGGUCAUCGCCAUGAUUGGGAGCAUAUCGUCGUCUGGGUCAAGGACGACAAAGCCGAAUACGUCGGUGCAUCUGCCCACGGCUCCUACAGCCUCCGACCGGCGGACGAAGUACGUUGGGAUGGCACACACCCCAAGAUAGUCUACCACAAGGAUGGCGGUAGUACCCACGCGUUCCGCUUCGGCAACACAGACGAUGACAACGUCGAGAACCACAAGGGGGUGUGGGUCAGAUCUCCUCUAGUCUCCUAUAAUGGCUUCCCAGACGGCAUUCGGGACCAACUCUUCGCUUAUGACUUCGGUGCCGCGACAAUCGCGUUCAAAGAUGAGACGUUUGCGAGCAAUCUUGAGAAGGCCAUGCCCAAGAUUCCUGUCAGCCAGGACUGUUCGCAGUGGGGGGCAUGUCACACGGAGUUUGGGGAUGCUUUUCUAUUUGAUUAUGGCCUGGACGAAGGAUCGCCUGGAACUCCGGACAUCCCUCCUCCGCCACAAACCCCACUACCGAAAAUCCGUGUCCUCCCCUUGGGCGACUCCUUGACGUUUGGCGUUCUGUCAACGGACGGGAACGGCUACCGGAGACAGCUCCAUCAGCUUCUCGUCUCGGGCAGCGACAACGAGGUUGACUUUGUUGGCUCGCAGGAGUCCGGUACCAUGACCGACAACCAACAUGAGGGGUACCCUGGUGCCACUAUUGCGCAGAUCACGCAACAUGCCAGAAACGUCCUUUAUAUGCGGCCAAAUGUCAUCCUCAUUCAUGCCGGUACAAAUGAUCUGCAUAAGAACGUCGACGUUGCUGGUGCGCCGACGAGGUUGGGUAGCCUAAUUGAUCUAGCGACAGAUGAAUGCCCUGAUGCAACGGUGUUGGUAGCGCAGAUCAUCAUGGCCGUGGACAGCAGCGUCGAGGCUGACCGGGCCGCCUUCAAUGAAGCAGUGGUUGAGGUGGUCGCCAGUCGGCAAAGUGCGGGCAAGAAUGUUAUGAUCGCCGACAUGAGCCAGACGCUUGCGCGUAGCGAUUUUGUUGACGGCCUGCACCCCAACAACGGCGGCUAUGACAAGAUGGCUGCCGUGUGGUAUGAGACUAUCCAGGCGGCGAACAAGCUUGGCUGGAUGAAGGACCCGGUAGCACCGGGAAACGCCCCCCCUGCUGACGUUACGCCAACUUGUCCCAAUGGCUACGCGUGGCUCAACAUGGGCGAGGUCGGCACCGGAAUAAAUUACGGCAUGACAAUAAAGUGGCAGAACCAGGGCCGCUUCGCUGACGGCGUGGGCGGCGCGAAUGCAGGCAAUGUCAUUCUUGCCGAUAUUGAUGGCGACGGGCUGGAUGACUACAUUCUCGUUGGUGCAAAUGGGGCCCUCAACGUCUGGAUCAACAACAGAGACCCGGCUCAUCCAUGGAGGAAUGUGGGCGAAAUCGCCGUCGGUGUUGACGGCGCGAGCCCCCAGAACGUGAUUCUCGCCGACGUUGACGGAGACGGGAGGGUAGACUACCUCCGCGUCGAUGCGGAUGGCGCAGUUCAGGCUUGGAUCAACACAUGCAACUCACCGGUCUCGCGGAGGAGGGGUCGCGAGCUGCCUGGAGGGCGAUUGGCUCGUCGUGGCGUUUUCUGUCCGAUCAAUAACCCCGCGCACCUAAAAUGGACUCGUGCUGGUCUGAUUAUCCCCCAUUAUGACGGGGCAAGCCGAGAUGCGGUUCUCUUCGCUGAUACGACCGGGGAUGGAAGGGCUGAUUACCUCUUGGUAUCCGAUGCUGGCGCUGUCCGAGCGGUUUCCCUUCAAGGAGAUAUCAUGAAUCCAACACGAGUCAAUCAUGGAAUUAUCGCGGUUGGAGUUGGCAACGCAAACAGGGACAACGUCCGGUUCGCAGAUAUUGACGGUGACGGGCGUGCAGACUACCUCCUCGUGGGCGAAAAGGGCGACAUUUCAGCGUGGCAAAAUACCGGCCCAGUAGGACAACCCGUCUGGAAGAAGCUCGGCACCAUCGCAGUUGGGGUUGAUGGUGGACAACGCGAGAACGUCCGACUGGCGAACGUGAACAACGACCGCCGAGCCGACUACCUCAUCAUGAACCCCUCCACCGGGGCUCUUGAUGCAUGGCUCAACAUGCCGGACCUGGAGGUAGUCGGCCCCAACGUUCGCCUUGCGGACAUCGAUGGCGACGGGCGGGAUGACUACCUCUACAUGGACGCCGUAGGGGGCAUCAGGGCAUGGCUUAAUCGUGGCUUUGUGGACCAUCCGGACUGGGUGUCAAUUGGGCUCAUUGCCCCGGGCGUUCCGGGGGGGUCUCGCGAGAGGAUUAGAUUGGCAGAUAUGGACGGUGACGGCAGAGAUGACUACUUAGUCGUAGCGGAUAACGGCGCAGUCACAGCGUGGUUCAAUAAAGGGUACACCGACCAUCCCGCUUGGAACUCAGCGGGGGUGAUUGCGGUUGGCGUUGAUGGCGCAACGCUAAACAACGUCCGGUUUGCCGACAUCGACGGCGACGGACGGGCGGAUUAUUGUGUGAUCUGGAAUGACGGCUCCGUCAGCGCGUGGCUCAACAAGGGCGAUGCCCGCAGCCCGACUUGGGAAAACCAAGGCAAGAUUGCAGUCGGCGUGGACGGUUCAGCGCGUGACAACGUCUUCCUAGAGGAUCUCAACGGUGACGGCAAGGCUGAUUAUCUCAUGGUCACGGAUAAGGGCGCUAUUUAUGGCUGGCUCAACACCGGCACAGAUCCGAAGAAUAUCGUGUGGAAGAAUCAGGGCAUGGUUGCGAGUGGUGUAUCGGGCGCAACGCGGCAGAAUAUCAGAUUCGGGAACCUAGAUGCCGAUGGCAAGUUUGACUAUUGGCUGAUCGACGACGCCAAUUCCACCCAGCAAACAGUCAGCAAGAUCCUCCAGCAGCUGCGAUCACUCCUAAGUAACGCUACGGCGCUUGAGAAUCGAUACGGUCUUCGGCCUUUCACCCAGGAGAUGGCACGCAUGGGAGACAAAUUCACUUCAUCCGAUACCAUCAGCGGGCGCCGACUGCUUCACUUCAAUAAACCGUACGAGGAUCUUAGUGCCAGGAUCCAGAAUCUUAAAAUCUCGCCCCUCAACUGCACUCGUUGGGUUGUCAAGGACAAGGAUAGCUUCAAUGGCCUCAUCACAGACAUCUCGUACUUUGUUGAUAGGUUGCACAAGCUUGUUCCGGACACCUCGAGUAACUUCACUUGCACCAUGAUGGAGGAAGAUUUCUCCGAGGACCUCCGGACCAACAAGUUGAAGUUAGUUUGCGACGCUUCACGGUCUAGAGCAGAUAUAUAUAGUCAAGGCUGCCACGCAAAGUCCGCAAAUAAAGUGCCAAUCAAGGAUCCAUAG